AUGCGAGCAGAAUUGGAGUCGAAUCACGUGAAAGUAGAAAAAUUAAAAGCAAAUUUAGAAAAAUUACGUGAAGCUAUGCGUCGUGGUAUUAAAGUACGAAUUCAUACUGUACAAAAGAAUAAAACAAUCCAUAAUCAGUCAGGAGAUAAUCAGUCUAAAAUAAUUGCAUUAACACGUUUAAAUGAUCAAGGUAUUGAAAUACCAGUACAUAUACGUAAUCUUCCAGGAACUUCACAUACCAAUGAUAAAAACUUACAACGUUUUAAAUCUCAUGACUCAACUGGGCAACGGAUAGCCUUCUUCCCAGAAGAUAAUGAAGACCGACAAGUUGCUGAUAUGAUACGUGAUGAACGUUUACAUUCAGCCAGUGAUAUGGAUUUGGAAUUUUCAAGACUUGCUAGAAAGAGUGUAGAAGAUGAAUACACUGAUGCUUUUGUGAAAAAACGAGAUGCUGUAUCAUCUUAUAAGAGAAGAGUAUUUGCCGAGUCAAAGUGUUUAACUUGUCUAGAACGUGUUCCUAAAUAUUUAAUUGUUAGUCUUGGUGAAAAGGUGUUUUUGUCUUUACCUUCACAUAUUAGUAUGACACCAGGUUAUUGUUUACUUACACCUUAUGAACAUAUCAGUUCAACUACUCGACUAGAUGAAGAUGCAAUAAAAGAAAUCCGACAUUUCAAAUACCAAUUAACAGUAAUGUUCGAAGAGCAGUACAGUCAAUCAGGUUGUGUUUUCAUUGAAACUGCUAGUAAAUCGGAUACUAUUCGUCAUCAUGCACAAGUGGAGUGUAUUCCGGUUCCCAAAAAAUUAUACAGCUCACUACCUGCUUACUUUAAGAAAGCCUUAAGCGAAAUUGGCUCUGAAUGGGAUCAAAAUCGUCGCCUGAUCACAUUAAAACCGGGUGGAUCUGGCGCGUAUGGUGCAAUUCCUCCGAAAUUCGCUUAUUUAGCUGUAGAGUUCGGUACUACAAAUGGUGGUUUCGCACGUAUUUUAGAUGAAGAACAAGAAAUAUCUUCAUAUUCUGGACGUGAAAUUAUAGCUGGUGCACUAGACAAAGAGCCUCGUCUAUGGCGUAAACCAAAAUUGGAGAAUUUUGAACAUUUACGUCAAAAAGUUGUAACUUUUGAAAAUCUAUGGCAUACAUACGAUAAAUGGCAACCGAAUAAACUGAAUACUUAUUCUUCAAAUGAUGUACAAAUAAUUAAUGAUGGAGAGUCAGGUUCAAACAACAGUGAAUUUGAACCAGAAGGUCCAGCUUUACCUCCAGGAUAUUGA